GCGGCGGCCUUUCCUCGCGCGUCCCAGGCUCCCGGCCCCCGGCCCCGCUCGUCCCCUGCCCGCCUGGGCUGCGGGCCCGGCCGCCUUCUUUACCGCGGCUCCCCUGAGCUCGUCCCUGACGCGCGCCCGGGCGGCGGGGCUCCGCGGCCGCCGCUGCCUCGGGGGAGCGAGGGCGGAGGGCGUGUGUGCGCGCGUGUGAGCAGGGCGCCGGCGGGGCUGCAGCGAGGCACUUCGGAAGAAUGACUCUGGAGUCCAUCAUGGCGUGCUGCCUGAGCGAGGAGGCCAAGGAAGCCAGGAGGAUCAACGACGAGAUCGAGCGGCAGCUGCGCAGGGACAAGCGCGACGCCCGCCGGGAGCUCAAGCUGCUGCUGCUGGGGACAGGGGAGAGUGGCAAGAGUACCUUCAUCAAGCAGAUGAGGAUCAUCCAUGGGUCGGGAUACUCUGAUGAAGACAAGAGGGGCUUUACCAAACUGGUGUAUCAGAACAUCUUUACAGCCAUGCAGGCCAUGAUCAGAGCUAUGGACACUCUCAAGAUCCCAUACAAGUAUGAACACAAUAAGGCUCAUGCACAAUUGGUUCGAGAGGUUGAUGUGGAGAAGGUGUCUGCUUUUGAGAAUCCAUAUGUAGAUGCAAUAAAGAGCUUGUGGAAUGAUCCUGGAAUCCAGGAGUGCUACGAUAGACGACGGGAAUAUCAGUUAUCUGACUCUACCAAAUACUAUCUGAACGACUUGGACCGUGUAGCCGACCCUUCCUAUCUGCCUACACAACAAGAUGUGCUUAGAGUUCGAGUCCCCACCACAGGGAUCAUCGAGUACCCCUUUGACUUACAAAGUGUCAUUUUCAGAAUGGUCGAUGUAGGGGGCCAAAGGUCAGAGAGAAGAAAAUGGAUACACUGCUUUGAAAAUGUCACCUCGAUCAUGUUUCUAGUAGCGCUUAGCGAAUAUGAUCAAGUUCUUGUGGAAUCAGACAAUGAGAACCGAAUGGAGGAGAGCAAAGCACUCUUUAGAACAAUUAUCACAUACCCCUGGUUCCAGAACUCUUCUGUGAUUCUGUUCCUAAACAAGAAAGAUCUUCUAGAGGAGAAAAUCAUGUAUUCCCACCUAGUCGACUACUUCCCAGAAUACGAUGGACCCCAGAGAGAUGCCCAGGCAGCUCGAGAAUUCAUCCUGAAGAUGUUCGUGGACCUGAACCCCGACAGUGACAAAAUCAUCUACUCCCACUUCACGUGCGCCACAGACACCGAGAACAUCCGCUUCGUCUUUGCUGCUGUCAAGGACACCAUCCUGCAGCUGAACCUGAAGGAAUACAAUCUGGUCUAACCGUGCCUCCCAGAAACCGUUCUUCCCUUCCCUGUGGGCUGCUGAAGAUAAACAAGAGGGACUGCAUUUCCCUGGAAAACAAUUUGCAUAAUACUAAUUUAUUGCCGUCCUGGACUCUGUGAGCGUGUCCACAGAGCUGUAGUAAAUAUUAUGAUUUUAUUUAAACUUUUCAGAGGAAACAGGAUGCUGAAGUACAGUCCCAGCACAUUUCCUCUUUUUUUUAGGCAAACCUUGACUCGAUGUAUUUUAAAUUUUCAGUCAUUCACUCACAGUAUAAAAGCACUCCUGUCAUUUAUUCUCUCUCUCUCUUUCUUUCUCUCUCUCUCUCUCUCUCUUUCUCUCUCUCUCUCUCUUUCUCUCUCUGUCUCUCUCUCCCUUCCUUCCCUUUCCUGCUGACCAAAACGAAGCUGAUUUUUCUUCUUCCUGAUGAGUUUAUUUUCCCUCACUACCAUGGCCUUUACCCUGAUUCCAUUCUUGGGCAGUUUCUCUCUCGAGUGACGCGGUCAGGACGGUGUCAUUCGACUGAAGCCGCCUUACAUCAGCUUCCUUUACCAGUGGUUCUGCUGAAGGCAGGAGCAUAUGUAUUACUACUCUGGUUUUAAUGUAUCUCUGGAUGCACAUCACAUCUAGUAUUUCUUUUUCAAUACAUACAUACAUAUAUGUGUACUAUAUAUAUAUUGUCUUGUCUCACUUGGACUAGGACAGUGGGUGCCCAUUGAUGAUUAAGAGUCCUAUUUUUUGGGUGCAGACCUUCAGUCACAGCUGGAUUGUUGAGAGGAAUGGAUGGAAGUUAGGGUGUGAGGGCACAGGCUGGGAAGAAAUCCCUGCUUCUCCAGUCCGUGGGCCGCGCCCUUCCUCUCUUCCUUGCUUCCGUUUAUUUCUCUUUAGGUUUUUCGCCCUUUUUAAACCACAUAUGCCAAAUGAUAUGCCAACAGACACUACAUUCCCCAGCAGCUGCUGCCAGAGCCCUCUUGUAGCUUCUUCAUUUUCUGUUUGUUUCCAGCUUUCCUUCACUCACAUCCCCCCUUGUGUUUGGGCCAUAAUUUUGAAAUAAUUUUUAUUAUGGGUAUAUGUUGCCAAAGCCAGAUUUUUAUAAGGCAAAAUAAAUUAAGAAUUUAAACAGUAAAAGCCAGCAUCUCAAAACGUCAGCAUUAAAACAGUGAGGGAGACAACAGCUGGGUGUGAACCGGAAACAAACAUUGCCAAACAGUUGCUAACUGAACUGCUUCUUCUCAUGGUCCGUUCUUUUCUUUGUCCUUAAGGUCAGUGCCAGUGUCCAGAUGAGCAGUGUAGAAAAAAGCACGCUGUGUGGUUUGUCGUGAGAUCUGCUUGUAUCUUUACUGGCGCUAGUUUUAUUAGCUCUUUAUGUUCUUUAAGUUUGAAUGAAUCUGCCAAGAACACUGGUUGAUAGUAUUAUCCUGAAACCUUUGAUUUUGGAGGGUGGGGGGCAGGGGGAGGGGAUAGUGAGCUGGCUUUACCACCUUCAGGAUCUUGAAUUGGUUGCUUGAACCUAAAGAAGAUUUGUGGACUUAUUCAAAAGUCACCACUCAGUGUUCCAUCAAGCAUGUAUUUAUGUGACAGUCAUACUAGGAGAGAUGUUUGGAAUUCUCCAUGUGCAAUUUGUCAGCAGAUGCAAACCAUGCUGAACAUGUGUGAGUGAGCCUGUCGAGCAGCCUGCAUCAGUAUGUGAUUUAAGUAGAUGGAGAGCGCUCUAAGGCUGCAGGGAAGUCAGACCUCAAUGCUGGUCUCAUUAGCACUUGGCACUAAUCUCAACUUCCAUAUAAAUCACUUUUCUUGAAUAGCAAACCUGGGAGAGUGACCAGCUCACUGUAAGAACACUGAAAUUGCUGACUAGUAAUGAAGUGUUCUCAUGUGUUACUCUCCCGGCUUUUUCAACCCUUGCUCUAGAAAGCCCCUGUAAUUUAAUUAACAGACUGCCUGUAGGUAUAGUGCAAUUAUGAAUGCUCUGAUUGUUGUACAUACAUCUCUCUUGAUAUUGCAA